AUGGAUCAUCUUCUGCCUUUUCACGAUGCGCUGUACACGCCUGUUGAGAUACCCUUUUUGUCUAGCGAACCGUACGAAUGCCGCAACUUCUGGUCCGAGUCGUUCCACGAAGCCCGACAGCAGACUUCAUUCCAGCUCUACGAGCCAAAGGAGAGAGACCAACUGCUCCAGAACUGGCUCUUCUUUGGCAUCCUCGAUGAGUUUCUCGGCCCCGUCGACGCCGCCGACUUUGUCCGCCACACAGAGUCUGGUCCUCAGAUCACGACGGAGAAUCUGGUACAGCGCAUCGUCAAAUGGAGACAGGACUUCUUGGAAGCAGACGGCAAGACACAGGAAGUCGUUUUCAGAAAGAACCAAAAGUGGCUUGCAGAAGCCAUCCGCAUCGUCCUUCGCCACGACGCAGAGCUGGAAGACGCCGCGUCUCCAACCCCCGCAAUAUGGCUGUCCGUCAAGGUCCUCGUACAGACAAUCAUGACUUACGUCCGCUCUCCGAGAGAAAUAGAAGCCUUCGAACGUGGCUACGACCUUGUGGCUCUUCCGCCCAGCAGCAUUCUGAACUCGCAACUGCGUCAAGCCGGCUGGUGUCCGAGCGACGUUGCUCGCUCCCCCGACCUGCUGAAUUCGUUCUUCACCUUGACUUUGAACACCAAAUCCCGCACAAAAGAUCAUGCUCAAUGUUCCCAGACAGCUUGCAAUGCGGACCAGAUCAAUGAAGCGACAUAUGAAACGAGUCACGUGGAUGCAGCCUGCAAGUGCGCUUUUGUUGGCCCGGCCAGGUCAGACAUACUCUCCAUACUGGACUCCGGCAAGAUUCCUGUGGUCGUGUUGCCUCACAGCUUGGAUGGCGCUCGUUCAGAUAUUGUGCUUCAGGCGAUUCCCUCAAAAGACUCCACCGGCUGGAUUGCCAUAUCCCAUGUCUGGUCAGAUGGUCUAGGGAAUGCAGUCGAAAACAAGUUGCCACUGUGCCAGCUCCGCAAAUUGAGGCGGAUUGCUCUUGGGCUAUCGAGGAAUCCGCGCCCAGGUGAUGAAACACGGCCUGUCGACAUCUGGAUCGACACGCUGUGUGUGCCAGUCGGGGAGGAGGACAAACCAUAUCGCAAACUUGCAAUAUCUCGGAUGGCGAGGACGUACAAAGAGGCGUCAAUCGUUGUUACUCUCGACGCCGAGCUACUGAGCGCGUCUUGCCUCGGGUCAGACGAGACAACCAUGCUCAGAAUACGUUAUUCCGGAUGGAUGCGUCGGCUGUGGACUCUGCAGGAAGCCAUACUCCCCGAAAGGGAAUGCCUCAUCCAGUUCUGCGAUGGAACCAUCCCUCUCUUCGAAUUUGCGGCCAAGUUAUCCAAAAUCCUUGACAACUUCAUGUGGUCUGGCCAACUCCCCCCCAAUCCGCGGACCUUUGACGUUGUCCUUGGCCACUGGCGCACCUUUGAAGCCUUCUGGAAAAGCAAUCCGGCGAGGCGGCGAGAGAUAUUCGUCCAGUCGGAUUUUCUUCGUCGGAACAGAAACGUACCCUACCAUGGUGUGAGCAAAUUGACGUGGCACAGAGAGGACGCCGGGCAGAAACUGCGAUCCACGUGGAACGCCAUAGUGGGCCGAAGAACCAGCAAGGCUGAGGAUGAAUCGUUUGUUUUUGCCGGCCUGCUCUAUCUCGUAGAAGAGGUGAAGGAGAUGCUGGAGCUUCCGCUGACUGAGAGGUGGAAGCUAGCUUUCUCCAGGCUCGGAAACCCUUACCAGAUACCGCAGGAUAUCAUCUUUCAUUCGGGCCCACGACCAGAUCAAGACGGCUGGCGAUGGAUUACUCUGUCAAUCACCGAGACAUCAUCGAAGCUAUUCUCAUCGCGGUCUAGAAGGGUGUCUCGAUCAGCUUGGAAGGGCCUCGGUGUCGAUCUUUUCGGCAUUCAUCUCGACCUGUCAGUAGGUUCCAUCGACGCGGACUUCCUCCGCAGACAACCCGGAUCAUUUCAUAUUCGAGAAGAGAACAGCGGCAGAUGGUAUCGCUGCAGCCUUCAGCCCGCAGACUUGGUAGAGGUGGUCAACCAGGAAGGGUUGGGCUCCUCCGCUGCUGCCAAGGAAGGAAAGGCACGCACGCCGACUGGCCAAGUGGCUCUCGUCCUGCACCAGCGCGAACAGUUCUUGAGCCAUCACGGACCAUCCGACAAGUCCAGCCGCGCCAUCUUUGACUUGGAGCGCGCAAUUCUCGUGGAGAUUCUUGACCCGGAGACAAGGAACAGUCGGUACAUUUGCAACGUACAGCUUGAAGCAGUCGAUCUCUCAUCGAGCUCGACGUCCGAAGACUCGACCGAGAAUGAAAAUAGAAGUCAUCGGCCGAAAAUUGACGCCGAGGGGUUUCCGUGGACUGUCGGAAGAAUUACUGAGAAUGAAGAACAUUGGGUCGUUGGGUAA